AUUAUCAAUGCUAGCAACGGAGCUACCUCCACAACUCUUAUCCCAAUGCCUUUUUUAAAUAUGAAAACACAAUGGAAAGCCAAGAGCAUUUUUCUUUGCUAUGUGAAAAACUUGCUUUAAAAGACAACACAGGGAUCAUUAGUAGAGAUCCAAGAGCAAGGUGUGCUGACAUCUUGUGCAACAACGUAAAUUCCACAGCAGAUGAUGUCACCUAUAUAUGCUUAUAAAUGGAGCAAAGCUCCAGGUACAGCUGAAGCUUUUAUCUGCAUCAAUACCCAGUGCUACAAGAAUGGCGGUCUCAGUACUUCGGCUGACAAUUGUCCUGGCACUCUCUGCCUUAAUCCUGACCUGUUAUGCAGAUGACAAACCUGACGACAAACCAGAUGACUCAGGCAAAAACCCACAACCAGAUUUUCCCAAAUUCCUAAAUAUCUUGGGCACAGAAAUCAUUGAGAAUGCGGUCGACUUCAUCCUGCGCUCCAUGACCAGGGAAACGAGACACCUGUCUGGCUCCUGGACAAUCCAAGGGCAGCCAACUCCUGCUUUUCCAGUUCUUCUUCACAAGCCCUCCAGGACAGAGACCACAAAGCAGCUCCUAGCAAGUUCUCAGGCAUCAGUCUUUGCUUCAACUGAACAUAACUCAUUUUGAAUACCACCACUUCGUAAUUUUGUUUCUAGCUCUCUGAAUAAAUGUGUCCUCUUUGAGGUCACAUAUGUUAGUUCAUAGGGAAGGAUUCUGAUGGUUAAGCAGUUUUUUUCCUGGGCAUUUUUAAAGUUUUUAGUGGUAUACACACACACACGCACACACGCACACAUUCACACAUUCACUUAGUCACUCUUAGCUGGGAUAGCCAAAGAAUGAUUCAAAAUAGAAACCUAAAACCCAGAUAAAGUAACAAGGCCAGUAAGGGACAGAAGAUUUGGACUUGACGCCAGAAAACAGACUCUUUAAUUCCUGAAAAUGUAUGAAGUUUGAAAGUUUAAAAGUUUACAUACCUUUUUCGGAAACUCUUUCAAAAAUUUCUGAGCCCACUCUCCUGUGCUAAUAGAUUAAAAACCUUUUUUCCUUAAGGUUUUUGCUGUUCUACAGUCAUUGUUAUUCUCAUAGAAUAGCAGAAUAUCAAAGCUAGAAGAGCCCUUGACAAUUUAAUGCAGCCCUGGCCUGCCACCACCCCAUUACACAGAAAUGAGUCUUUGGCAGCCGUUAUUACUGUGGUUCUUUCUCAGUCAACAAAAAUAAAAUUUGAUCUAGCUGAGUCAGAAAGGCGCUCCUAGAAUUAACUAAUGUGGACAAAAAGACAAGAAAGAAAUAGUAGACUAGAAUGACAGUUAAGUCAGAGCUCUAGUCUUAAACAAAAAUCUGUCAUGUGCAUUGACUAUUGAGUGCCCAGGAGUCCUGGGUCCCAGACAUCACGAAAGCAGCUCCAGUUUUCAAUACAUCUUUUGUUUGUUUGUCUUCUUGUUUCUACUUAGCCAUAAUAGGUGUGCAUGCAACACAAGAGACCCUUAAUUCUGUAGAUGAAUAAACCAAGCAUUAAUGCCUAUUAAAUAUUUAAAAAUGCAUGUUAAUUUCCUACAAUAAAUUCAAUCUAUGCUCUGCAUUUUCUUGGGAUUGUGCCAGUUUCAAAUAUCACAUAUCCCUUUUGUCCAUGUUACCUAGGGCAUUUACUGUAUUCACUGUCUGACAUGCAGACUGCUUUUUGCUGCCAAAAAGCACCCCCCCCCAAUUCUUUUUCAGCUUCUCACUUGGUAAUUUGUGCCCGGACAGUACAUUGAUUAUAACUACAUUAAUCAACGCUCUAAUGUGUGAAAAACAUGCCCUGUAAGAGUUUGUCUGCCUUUGCAUUCUUCUGUCAGCUGUACAUUUUGAAUUUACUCUUUGAUGUUUGGGGAGGAAAAAAAAACAGGUGUCAAAUCAGUAUUAGAUAUGGUACAUUGCUAGGAAGUACCUGUCUUAGAUCCCAGCCAUCUAUAGAGAUUUUGAAACCUUCCUGAUUGCAUUGCAAUGCUUGUUUACUCUUCCUGCCUUCAUCAAUUCUUUCCCUCCUCUCCAAUAAGACCAAUAUCUGCAGCCAGCAAGUUUUUGAAAAUCAAAAUCCAUCUGCAUACUGGUUUUCUUCUAUGAUCCUUUCACACUGUCAUUUCACUGUAACCCUAUAAUGACAGUGUGAUUGAAGUGAGCUCGGAAAGCAUUAUUUUCUUCAUAUGACACGUGAAAAAGAAGCUAAUUGGUAUCAUUCUGAACAUGGCAAAGCCAAUAAAGGGCAACUAGUUUGUCAAACCUUUAACACAGCAUUUCCUCGUGAAACCUUGAGGACACAAUUCACAUCAUCACUAGUCUGUCCCUACCAUAACACAGAUAUUUGAGGGAAUUUACAUCUGUUCUUUACAGAAAUGCUCCGAAGGAAGGACAAGUAUAUCUUUUUAAGUGAAAUUCAAAUAAUAUCAGUUCUUUGUACCAUUUCUCAUCUUAUUCUGAGCAAUAACUACAUUAUUACAUUUCCUGACAGUGGUAGCUCAGAUUCUGUCUGACCUACCUAUAUCCUAUCCAUUCUCCUGCUACUUACUUACUCUUUCCAUUCCAAGAACAUUGGAAUCCCGGAUAGACUGUUUUGUCCACAGGGCUCUUCCCUGUGUCUGAAAUACUCUUCUGGAAGAUGACUACCUUGCUUGCUCCCUCACUUCUUUAAGUCUUCUUAAAUAUCACCUUCUCAAUGAUGCUUUUGUUUAUUGCUUUGCUUAAAAUUGCAUAAUCCUGGCCCAAAUAUUUCUUGUCCCCUUUAGUUGCCUUAUUUUUUUGUAUAUAAUAUUCAUCUUUUAACAGUAUUAAAGACUUGGUUUAUUUUG